AUGGAGAUAAUUCAGAUAAACCUAAAUCAUUGCGACACUGCACAGCAACUGUUGAGGCAGUCAACAACAGAAGCAAAGUGCGACGUUGCGAUUAUUGCAGAGCCGUAUCGAGUUCCUCUCGGUAACAACAACUGGGUGGCAGAUAGUACGAGAACGACUGCUAUACAUGUGACUGGAAGAUGUCCUAUUCAGGAAGUGGUUGCAAGCACGUACGAAGGUUUCGUCAUCGCCAAAAUCAACGGCAUCUUCGUAUGCAGCUGCUAUGCACCCCCAAGGUGGACAGCGGAGAAAUUCGAUCGGAUGCUGGAGGAGUUAACCGACAAUCUGGUUGGACGCGGGCCAGUACUGAUCGGCGGAGACUUCAAUGCGUGGGCCGUGGAGUGGGGUAGCAGGCUAACCAACGCUAGAGGUUACAGCCUGCUGGAAGCGCUAGCGAAGUUGGAGGUACAACUGUGCAACGCUGGCACCGUUAGCACAUUCAGGAAAGACGGGCGGGAGUCGAUCAUCGACAUUACCUUUUGUAGCCCAUCGAUGACGCGCAGCAUGAACUGGAGAGUAAGCGAAGAGUAUACCCAUAGUGAUCACCAGGCGGUCUGCUACAGCGUUGGCCAACGGAACCCCACGGCCAUACAGGGAAGCAGAACAUGCGAGCGAAAGUGGAAGACGAAGGCCUUCAACAAGGACCUCUUCGUCGAAGCACUUCGUGCGAACAGCGACACUCCAGACAUGGAUGUGGUAGAGCUGACAAGAGUGAUUACAAGGGCAUGCGACACUACAAUGCCACGAAAACGGGAGCCAAGGUACAGACGGCGUCCUACACAUUGGUGGAACGAGACACUCGGCACCCUCCGUGCUGCCUGCCUAAGAGCCAGAAGACGCUACCAGAGGGCAAGAAUCCUCCCGGAUAGAGAGGAGCGGAAGUUGGCGUUCCAGGAGGCCAGAGCCGCAUUUAAAAAGGAGAUAAUCGUGAGCAAGUCGAACUGCCACAAGGAGCUAUGCUGA